GUCCGUUACUUUUUCUUAAAAUUAAGAAAUAAACAAUACAAAACGUGAGUCAACUUUGACAGCUUAGAGAAAUGGCGAGUAACAGAAGUACGCGUGAAGUUUUAUUAUCACUCGUUGACGAUAUAGAGCUAAUAGCAAAGGAAAUGAUAGAAAACACAAUAGCUCAGAAACACCUGAAACUAUCGAGCACCGAACAUGCCCAAUUGACAGAUCUCUUAGUGGCCAAAGACAAUGAAUUGAAAAGUACUUUGAAAAAAGCUGCAGAACAAGCGAAAAUAGACCUUAAGAUGGAAGCUCUCAAAGCAGAAGUCGAGAAACAAGAUCAAGACAUACAACAGUUGCAAAGACAGUUAAAAGAAGCUGAGCAAAUUUUAGCUACCGCUAUUUAUCAAGCCAAGCAAAAAUUGCAAUCUAUCGCCAGAGCUAAUAAACGUCCUGUACCUUCUGAAGAACUUAUCAAAUUUGCUCAUCGAAUUAGCGCUUCUAAUGCUGUUUGUGCCCCUCUUACUUGGCAACAAGGGGAUCCUAGACGACCUUAUCCUACAGAUAUUGAAAUGAGAUUAGGCUAUUUAGGACGUUUGAGCGAUCUUCCCUUAAACGGACAAAUGCUUGGAUCGCAUCCAGGAAUAACGUCCGAUCUUCACAGAGCUGGACAUCCGCCUGGCGGUAAGUGCGAAAAGAGAUUCUUAAUAUCAAAGAAUAGCCAUACCGUUUUCCCCAUUUUGUUUUUUCUGUUUCUUUCAGAACCACCGAUAUCUCAGGCCAAUCAAUUUGCAUGGCAUCCAUCUGGUGAAAUUCAUAUGUCAAUGGGUGGCCAAGGAAGUGUUGCAAUGAACACACAUAAACAAGAGAAUGAAGACGUUGAAGUUAUGUCGACAGACUCGUCAAGCAGUUCUUCAAGCGAUUCUCAAUAAUCUAUAGAGCUUUCGAUGGAAUUUGUAACUCGAAUGAUCUUUUCGUCCCUCCGAAUAACUUCGUAUUCACACGAUAUUUCCGACACAAAAAUAUUGUAUAUUUUUUUCUCGUACGAUUAAAACUUAUUGUCUAAUCACAGUC